GGAAAACCGGAUCCGGAUCCAACUAACUCGGAUGAGAUCUCUACGGGAGAUCACGGAAAGGCUGCGGAGCGAAGAGGCAGGAGCCCUUCGCUAUGAUGAGCUCCAAUCAAAUCGGAUCGUGGUAGGGGACACGUGGUCCAAAUUCUCGGCCUACCACGAGAAGCUGAUUGAGGAAUCAGGCGAAGAAGUAAUGGACCACCCUUACUUCGCCGAAGAUAUGUUCGCCCAGGCGGACAGAAUUUAUAGGAAGGCGAUGGACGAGCUAGGCCGUAGAGCGGCUAGUCUCCCACAACGCGGAUCGGGAACUCAACAGGGAUCCUCAACCAGCCAUUUGGAACGAUUACAGGUGCCGGAGUUCCACGGCACCUACUCGGAGUGGAGAAACUUCCACGACGCCUACGUAUCACUUGUCCACAGCCAGGCCGGCUAUUCGGAUAUGGACAAGAUGAUACGGCUAAGGAAGGCGCUAAAGGGAUCGGCGGCAGAGCUCAUCACCAACAUCGGGACGGGAGCUGCCCACUAUGAGACAACCUGGAAGAAGCUCGUAGCCCGGUACGAGAACCCACGGCUGAUAAUGGCAGCUCAUCUAAAUCGGCUGUUGAAAUUAAAGGACGUGAAGGAGCUAUCGUCGAAGAGUCUCCUUCAAGUAAUCGACGCGGUUACGGAAUCGCUCACGGCUCUCAAGAACCUCGGGGCACCGACAGAAUGGUGGGACAUAAUGAUCUGUCACCUAAUUAGGAGGUCUCUUGAUCGGAACUCCAGCCAGGACUGGGAGCUGAAGCUGGGAGACUCCACAGAUCCCCCGCAGCUGGAGACCUUCCUCGAGUUUCUCAGGGCCCGAGCAAGGGCCUGGGAAAAUAUCGAGAGGGAAGGGGAAAAGCUGACAUCGGAACGGCCGAAACAGUCAGCAAAGGUCCAUCACGGAACAUCAUCGGGACCAUCAUCAGAGGUUAAGGGAACCUCGAACAAAAGGACGGCAUGUGUGGCCUGCGGAGGGCCACACUGGAUUGGACCGGAGUGUGCCAAGUUCUUCGGCAUGAAUGCCGUUCAAAAGAGGCAGUUCCUCGUAGACGAGGGACUGUGUUACAACUGCUUGGGACCUCAUCGGGCAACAAAAUGCAAGAGCACCAGGAGGUGUCGCCAUUGCAACGGGUUGCAUCACACUCUCAUCCACGAGAGGAGGCACGAUACGCCGGAAAACUCAACAAAGGCCAGCACAUCUUCGGAGCCUAGCACGAGCGGAAACAUCACGGGAACCGGAACCGGAGCGAGCAUCAAGGCGGUUCCUGUCAACGAACAACCGGGACCAGCAUCACGCCAGGACCAACAACACGGCGCAUCACCAUCGGGGAAGAGGUCGACGACCUCUCAGAUUCAUCUCGGGGAAUCUUAUAACUCGGAAGUGUACCACCACUCGGAAAAUCUACCGGAAAAACAGCAAUAUUCGGGUGAUCAUCAACAUUCGGCGGAAAAUCAAUUCGGACAGAAAUCCCAUGAAGAAGCCAUGCCUCGUGAAGAGGAACCACACUCGGAGAAGCAACCGGACAAUCACCACGGGGAUCAAUAUCAAUCGGAACCGCAGUCGGUCAAUCAGGUGGACACGCGCAACGUACUGGAAGCUCAACAGAGCUGUCAGCAGGGAAAUCAACUGGUCGUCCUGGCAACGGCAAGGGUUAUUGCCCUGAAUCACAACGGAUAUUCAAGACCAGCAAGGAUCCUCAUCGACCAAGGCUCAGAAGUGUCAUUGGUAUCUGAGCGCUUGGUCAAUCAACUACAAUUGAAAAGGAGGUCCUCAUCACUAUCAAUUGUCGGCAUCGGAGAGACUUCCUCGGGAAGCACGCGUGGGGUUGUGUCAUUCGACUUACAACCGAGACACAAUUCUACUGCGUUGCUCAACUUGGAGGCUCACAUCAUGAGCAAGCUCACGGCAAAGAUCCCACCAUUUGCCUGUGACACACGGACUCCCCAGGAACUUUGGGAACUCAAUUUGGCGGAUCGGACAUUCAUGCAACCUGGGGCUAUCGACAUAAUCAUCGGAGCUGAUUACUACGGAAAAAUUAUCACGGACGGAAUUAUGAGAUACAACGGAACAGGUCUCAUAGCCCAGCAGACAUCUUUUGGCUGGGUAGUGUCGGGGCCAGUCUGCUGUACAGGCUGCGCUAAGAAGCGGUCACUGAGGGUGACCACACGGACCAUCAACCAACAAUUAUUGGACUGCUUAAAGAAGUUCUGGACGCAGGAAGAAAUACCGGACAACCCAUCAACGGUGAUGAGUAAGGCUGAUGCAGAAUGCGAGCAGCAUUUUGUGGAAACUCAUAGAAGAGACGCAACGGGACGGUAUACAGUACGUCUACCGUUUAAAUCAUCGCCUGCCGUCCUAGGGGAUACAGCAUCGACGGCUCGGAUUCGCUUACAGAAGCUCAACAGGCGAUUGGCGGCAGAUCCACAGGCUCAUACACUAUACCGGAAAUUCAUUAAGGAGUAUGAGGCCUUGGAUCACAUGCAACGGGCACCAUCGACGUCAGAGACACGGUUGGCAUACUACUUGCCUCAUCACGGAGUGCUGAGACCGGAUAGCACGACGACCAAACUAAGGGUCGUAUUCGACGCUUCACAUCGAAGCUCUACGGGAGUGUCACUGAAUGAUAUCCUUCAUUCAGGACCAAAACUUCAAACGGAGUGCUCUGACGUCCUCAUCUGGCUUCGUCGGCAUCGAUUAGUCUUCGGAGCGGACAUCGAGAAAAUGUUCCGCCAGAUUCGCGUCCAUCAGGAUGAUUGGGACUAUCAACGAAUCUUCUGGAAGGACGACGACGGCCAGAUCAUCGAAUAUCGGUUAACAACGGUCACUUACGGGACCAGCUGUGCACCAUGGCUGUCUCUUCGGGUGCUGAAGCAGCUGGCAAUCGAUGAAGCUCAUCGAUUUCCUUUGGCUUUACCAACGUUCGCACGGGGGCGAUACGUUGACGAUAUCUACGGAGGUGCAGAAACCGAAGAGGAAUUGGAAAAAAUAAUCAAGGAUCUAAUCGGACUCUGCAUGGCGGGCGGCAUGCCAUUGCAGAAAUGGUGCAGCAACGCGCCACGGACACUCGGACAACUCGGAAUAUCGGCGGAAUCAGCUCCAACUAUCGAAUUCGGGGAAUCAUCAGUGAAAGUGCUGGGCCUCUGCUGGCAGCCUCAGACAGACACUUUUCACUUCAAGGCAAGAAACUUCAGCGGAGACACCAUCACCAAACGCGUAAUCCUGUCCGAGAUUACGCAAAUUUAUGAUCCUUUGGGACUAAUAGCACCGGUCACCAUCACGGCAAAGAUAUUUAUACAAGAAUUGUGGCUGCUCAAGCUCGACUGGGACGAGCAAAUACCAAUGCCACACACUAAACGGUGGAGAAGUUUCAGGGAGGAACUUCAACGGCUGAGCAGCCUAUCAAUACCACGAUGGCUACAUCUUUCAUCGGGAAAGAAAAUACAACUUCACGGAUUUGCGGACGCAUCGACCCUGGCAAUGGGUGCAUCGGUCUAUCUUCGAUCCUGGUCAGCAUCAUCGGGAGUCAACGUCAACUUGGUUUGUGCCAAAACCAAGGUGGCUCCCCUCAAGAAGAUGACCAUUCCACGGCUGGAGCUCACGGCAGCUGUCAUGGUCACAAAUCUAAUGGCCUAUGUACAGCGAGCUCUGGAACUUGACGAUGCGGAGCUCUACUCAUGGAGCGACUCAUCAGUAGCCAUCGCAUGGAUCAACGGAGAUCCAUCACGGUGGAAGGACUUUGUGCAGAACAGGGUUCUCAAGAUCCAAGAAACCCUGCCUACUGCCAAAUGGAAUCACAUCAACGGCAAGGAGAAUCCAGCGGACUGCGCAUCAAGAGGAAUAUCACCAACGGAAUUGCGGGAGCAUCAUCUCUGGUGGACUGGACCAUCAUGGCUUGUCCAACCACCAGAACAAUGGGUAGCAGCAUCAACGGAAUUAGCAUCAACCUCGGAAUUAGCAUCAGUGGUGGCAAUGGAGGCGAAACCACCCACCAUCAGCUCAUACCCAGUGCACAUUGUCGACGAAGAUGCACUGAUCAAUCGGAUUUCGUCAUGGAACAAGCUAGCUCGAAUCACAGCCUGGGUGAAUCGAGCAAUAAACAAAUUCAAGGGACAACCAACACCGGAUUCUCCACAACUCGGAACUACGGAAAUAGAGGACGGAAGACUGUUCUGGGUUAAGUACACCCAACAGCGAUACUUCGGACGGGAAAUCACCACAUUGAAGGCUGGAAGAUCACUGGCAGCCAAGCAUCGUAUGGCGACGCUGACGCCAUACCUGGAGAACGACGUCAUGCGCAUGGGCGGACGUCUUCGGAAUUCAACAUUGGACCCGGAGGAGAAGAAUCCAAUUAUUCUCCCACGUCACUCACCGCUCUCAUCACUUAUCAUUGCGGAAGCUCAUCAGAGGAGCUUCCACGGGGGAACGCAACUCACGUUGGCACACAUCCGGCAGAGGUACUGGAUCAUCGGAGGACGGGCACCAGUACGCUCACACAUAUUAAAGUGCGUCAUCUGCGCACGUCAUCGAGCUGUGCGAGCUCAACAGCUGAUGGGACAGCUGCCAUCGCGACGAGUGACACCAUCACGAGUCUUCCUUCACUCAGGAGUAGACUUCGCCGGCCCAAUCAACAUCCUGAGGUGGAGAGGCUCCGGGGCAGGCAAAACGAUGUACAAGGCGUACAUUUGCUUAUUUGUCUGCUUCGCCACAUCCGCCACACAUUUGGAACUGGUCACAGACCUCACGGCGGACGGAUUCAUCGCAGCGUACAAGCGAUUUACGGCAAGACGGGGAAUUUGCGCGACCCUGACCAGUGACAGGGGAUUAAACUUCAUCGGGGCAGAAAAGGAAUUACGGCAAAUCAUCCACCAGGCAUCUAGCGAAUCGGCAACCAUCAGGAACUGGCUAGCAACAAACGGAACGGAAUGGAGAUUUAACCCGCCCUACUCGCCACACAUGGGAGGCAAGUGGGAGGCCGCGGUUAAAUCCACGAAACAUCACCUACGGAGAGUGAUAGGAACUUCAACUCUGACGUACGAGGAAUUUACGACUCUUCUGACUCAGGUUGAAGCCAUCCUGAACUCGCGGCCACUCUGCCCGAUAAAUAACGACCCGCAAGACACCACGGCAUUGACACCAGGGCACUUCAUCAUCGGCGGAUCGCUGACAGCGAUUCCAGAACCAAGUCUGGAACACAUCAACACGGAUCGGCUAAACAGGUGGCAACUUAUCACGCAGAAGGUGCAGAACUUCUGGGACCAUUGGGCACGCGAGUGCGUGCAUCGAUAUCAACAAAUCUAUCGGUGGAGGAAACCAACGGACGACAUUAAAAUUGGGACGUUGGUUCUCAUAUCAAAUGAGCAGGAACCGCCAACCAGAUGGCCCCUGGCUCGAGUCAUCAGGAUCCACCCGGGACGGGACAACUUGACCAGGGUUGUCACACUUUGGAAGGGCAACAAGGAAACGCAGCGGGCAAUCCAUCGAUUGGUACCACUACCAAUCAACGGCGACCUACUGGAAGGUCAAAAUUAAACGGACAGUCUACAUCGUCACCCAGGGGGGUGACGCAGGGCGGGCGGUAUGUUCAAAAUCCCGCGGUCAAUUCAGGAUGACCAACCGGACGACCUCGGCCAAUCACCCUUGACCAUCGUAACGAGAGGUCACGAUCGAAUUCGGGAUCGUUACGAUGGUCAGUACGCCAUCAUCUAUCAUUCGGACAGGACAUACGGUGUGUCUUACGGGUAAUUCCACCGGGGAAUUUUGGCUACCAACGGAUAACCAACGGGGUUAGAUCGGCAAAUUAAACACGGCGGAAUUACAGUCCACUAUUAAUUAGAAAAGGCGAAUAGUUUUUUACCAUCACGGAGUGCACACAGUGUAUAUUUAUUUUAACCAAUAAAUCGGAACAUUAUCACACCACGUGCCAAUUAUUCGCCUUUCCCGGAACUUCCUCACCCACCAUCCCAUCCGGCCCAAAUCAUCCCGGAAACUCAUAAUAAAAUAAACACUAAACAUUAUAGAAAAAAUGAAAUUUGUGGAAAAUGCGCUGAUCGUCACUCAACUCAAGGCUGUACUAAUGAUAACUUAAAAUGUCUAACAUGUAAGAACGAUAAAAACGGUUUGAAUCUCACUGAAUCACAUGCAGCACUCCGGUAAGGAUAAAAACUGCCCAUCGUACAAAUUUUUUUUAGAGAAACACAGACAAAUGAACUCAAUCAUAAAGUAAAAAAACAUUAUUUUCAUAGAAAUAGACAACUGUUGAUAAUUUAUAUGAAUGUCCGUAGUUUAAUCGAAAAUAAAGACGAGAUUGACCAAUUAAUAAUAAAAGAGAAGAAGCCAGCAAUUUUGGCUUUUAGUGAGGUUAGAGUUACUGAUGAAAUAGAGGAUGAUGAAAUUUCAAUACCAGUAUAUGCUAUUAUCAGAUGUAACUCAGAAAAGAGAACAACACGAGGAGUUGUGUUAUAUAUAAAAACCAAAAUCAAACUUGUGAAAAUUGUGAAUAGUAAGAUUAAAAGUAAUUGUUGGUCCAUUGGAAUAAAAAUUGUAAGUGACAUAUUUAAUCGAGUACUAAUAGUGACAUAUCACUCCUCAAGUGCGAGUGACCCAUAUUUUAUUACCUAUAUAGAAGACAUUUGUGAAUCUGUUGAGAGACAGCAAAAUUGUAUUUGUGUUGGGGAUUUUAAUAUCGAUUUAAACACCGAUCGAUAUUAUUCGAGAAAAUUGAACAAUGUCCUCGCAGGACUGGGAAUGAAGCAAUUGAUAAAGGAGCCAACGAGAAUUGAUGUAAAUAGUGCAACGACAAUUGAUCUAUUAUUUAGUAUAAUACUGAGGUCAAUGCUAGUGUAAUACACAACCCAAAAAUAACGGAUCAUGCAAUGAUCGAAUUUAGCCUUGGAAUGAUUACGAUCGAUCAUACGAUAAGCAGAAGAAAAAGCCGAGACUUUAAAAAUGCCAACGAUAACAUUUUUAAAGAAAAUUUGAAGAUGAAUUUACAACUAUAACGUGGUGGAUUUUUACUAACAUAAAAAUGGACUAGUUAAUCCGCCCUUUUCCCUUGACAGUCCAAAAACGGAACAAAUGCUCUGAAGGGCGCCAGUUGUUCUUUGUCUCGACGGGAACAACAAACCGAGAAACAUAAUCGAAGCGGAUAACUCACGACAACGAACUAAAAAUUCUAACUAUAACGUAAACUUAAUAACUUAAAACUAAAAGGUCAAGGGAAAGGUGGUAUUUGCUCACGCUG